CUCAAUCUCUCUCUCUUUUUCGACCGUUGGUUCGACUGCCAACGUUACGAACGCUUACUCUUCCUCUCUCUGUCUCUCUCUGCGGCCUAACACUUGCCCAGUUGCCUUCGAAGAAGAAUCUAGAAUCCAAGAAUGGAGAAGAAGUCUCGGGUCCUCUUUUUUAUCUCCUCCCUCCUUGCUCUUCUCGCCGGAUCGGCUAUCGCUAAGUCCACCAUCGAGCCCUGCUCUACCUCAGACUCCUGCCUCGCCCUCCUCGGCUACUCCCUCUACGCCGACCUCAAGGUCGCCGAGGUCGCAGCCCUCUUCCAGGUCGAUUCCGUCGCGCUUCUCGCUGCCAACUCCAUCGACUUCUCCCUACCCGACGUUGACAACCGCAUCCUCCCCGCCGGUCUCUUCCUCCGCGUCCCCAUCGCCUGCUCCUGCUCCGGCGGCAUCCGCCGAUCCGUCUCCACCCGCUACACCCUCCGCCCCGCCGACACCCUCGCCUCCGUCGCCACCUCUGUCUUCUCCGGACUCACCUCCACAGACCAGAUCCGGGAUGUUAACGGCAUCCAGGAUCCCUCCGCCCUCGACGCUGGAAGCACCCUUGUCGUGCCGCUCCCCUGCGUCUGCUUCAACUCCACCGACAACUUUCUCCCCGCCGUCUACCUCUCCUACGUCGUCCUUAAGGGCGACUCGGUCGCCGCCAUAGCCGCCCGUUACGCCACCACUGCGACGGACAUCAUGAACGUGAACUCCAUGGGGGACCCUUCGAUCCACCCGGGCGAUAUUCUCGCAAUUCCACUGCCUGCUUGUACAUCAGCAUUUCAGCAGUUUGCCUCCGAUUCUGGUUUGCUUGUGGCAAAUGGUAGCUACGCCAUUACUGCUGGUCACUGUAUUCAGUGCAGUUGUGGGCCGGGAAAUCUCAAUUUGUACUGCACACCAUCAUCACUAGCAGUAUCAUGCUCGAGCAUGCAAUGUGGUAAUAGCAAUCUUAUAAUCGGAAAUUUUACCUCCCAGCAGACGAACUCUGGUUGCAGUGUCACGUCGUGCGACUACGGUGGUUUUGUAAAUGGUUCCAUUUUCACUUCGUUGACUACUACUCUUCAACCACAAUGUCCAGGGAGACAUCAGUUACCACCAGUCAUACCUCCACCGACCACAACACUGCAUGGUUCUUACCUCGGUCUGUCACCAUCUCCGGCCGAAGCAGGCGGUCGAAUUCCAAGCUCUUCCAUACCACAAACAACACAAACUUUCCCUGGUUCUUCCCCUGCCUCAGGCCCUGCCGGAAGCAUAUCUGAAGCACAUUUUGCCAGGCCAUGGAGCCACAUGUUCUGUAUGUUAGCCAUUUCUUGUUUUUUCCUCUUAUAAUACUGAAUCCUGCCUUGCAAAAUUUGUUUCAAGUAGAGAAGCUGAUCUUGAUCUAAUCGACUUUACCUAAAUCAACUUGCAUAGAUUCUUCCAACUCUUGUUCUUCAUGCAUAGAAUUAUUUCAACUCUUGGAAACAGUCACCUUUGAUCAA